UUUAUUUUUUGUUUCUCAAUGUUUUGAGGUGACACACGAUGGUUAUCACAAGGCGUUUAGAUAUGUCGGAGCCCAACAAUAACUAGGAGUUCGUUCGUUUUUACAGUUUCUAUUGCGUCCUGUAGUGAGAGUAUGGGUGAGGCUUAAACCAGGCUGUUUUUUUUGUUCAGCAGCAGCAAUUGCAGUGACAGGUAAUGACUGAAACUAUUGCAAGUGUUAUGAAGUCCUUGUAGGUUCCGAGAGAGCAGGUCAGGUCUGUUUUUUUUUUUUUUUUUUUUUUCUCGCAUGAAGAAGAAAGCUACAGCCAUGGGUGGGAAAGCCAGUGUUAAUGCUGCUGUCAGAGCGACUGCUGCUACUUCCUCAUCAUCAGGACAUCAGCCUGCCUGCGCUCUGCCGCUGGACAUCCUGGAGGAAAUUUUCCUCAAUCUGCCGCCCCAUCUAGUGGUGCGUGUGUGUCGCCUGGUGUGUCAUCAGUGGAAAGAAGUCGCCGACAGAGAGUCCUUCUGGAGAGAAAGGUGUAGAAGAGAGGGCUAUCACGUCCACGAUGCCUCCAAGGUCCCCAGUGAGUGGAGGUUGUUUUAUUUCUUGUGCAAGAGAAGAAGAAACCUCCUCAGGAAUCCAAGGGGAGAAGAUGAACUUCGAGGUUGGACGAUUUUACUCAAUGGUGGAGACAGAUGGAACGUGGAGCGACCUAUUGUGCCACAUCCGAACGAGGCGGUUCAGACGAACUUUGUGACGUCUUACAACAUGUGCAUAAAGUCACAAACGAUUGAUUUGAAGAAAGAGGGCUACAACCCAUCGUUUAUGGAUGAGUUCCAGCCUCCAAUCAGAAUAUCUGACUGGUACGCGCCUCGGUGUCGCUGUGAAUAUAGGAUCUCUGUGCAGCUGCUGGAUCGCAAGAAUGCCGUYGUUCAGGAUUUUACUCCUGACAUUAUUUACUUGCCUCAGUUUGAUGAGCAGAUUGGUGAGCAGUGGCAUCAGAUGACCCACGUGUUCAAGGACUAUGGACCAGGAGUGAGAUACAUCAAAUUUAGUCAUGGUGGUCAAGAUCAGGUGUUCUGGGCAGGAUGGUAUGGUGUUCGUGUAACAGACAGCUGUGUUGAAGUUUGUCCAGCCUUGGACACGUAGAUCAGUGAAUUGACUUAAUAAAAUGUAAUUUAGAUAGGGUUAAAA